GCCGCUUUCGUUGGUUGGCAACCGGUGCUUCAUGUUUAAGCACCAGGUGGUUGCGAGCACGCGUAACAGGAUCAAAGCUCUCCAACAAUUUUUUGUGUGUGUGUGUUUUAAGGCAAUUGAACACUUGUGCAAAAAAAGUACACUGACAUAGGACAGUAAGAGACUUUCUUAGCGUGUCAUCAUGGCCAGCGCGCACCGCGACAACGCGCUGGUGACGUCGUGUCUGAAGCGGCCGGUGGACCCCCACACCAGGGCGCCGCUGGCUUCCUACGAGCGGGACAAAGAAGCGCCCUACACGGCCACGACGUACGCCGACAACCGGGACGGCUACCAGGAUAAGAAGGACCAGGCGGCGUACGAGGAAGGGUGCAACAACAGGGUCGCGGUCGGCGCCGCACCGGCAGCGAAGGACUGGAGAGCGGCAGGCGGCGAGCGCGUGAACCUGCGCGACAUCUUCUUCUCCAACGAGGAGUACUACAGCAAGCUGGAGGAGCUGAAGAAGGCGCACCUGCGCACCAUGGCGGAGCUGGAGAGCAUGUACCACCACAAACUGCAGCUUCACACCAACAACACGCCACGCCACCAACACGGCAGCGGCGGCGGCGGGUCACUACAUCUAAGGAAGUCUCACUCGGCUGCGGAGCUCCGGAGAAGUUUCGGCUCGCCCGCGUCGUCGGACGAAGACGACGCUUCGGGUUCUGAUGUGGAGAAAGGCCAGCUGUUCUCCCCCAAAGAAUUCAUCAAGAACAUGUGGACCGACUUCAAGCUUUCGCCCCGAACACGCCACCUGUCCGCGUCGUUGCCGGGAGACCGCGGUGGCUUCCGGCCCCAGCGAAGGAGCGUUCCCAGGGCGACGGUCCCCAAGCCUUUCCGGAUGACACUGCGCGAGGCCGAGCGGCGGCGGCGAGGCAUCAAGACGCGCUCGGAGGUGGAGCUGGAGAACGCCGAGCUGAGACGACAGCUGGAGGAGAUGUCCGAGUGCCAGAACAAGUUCCGCGCCAGCCCCGUGCCGGCGCACGUCCACCUGCCGCUUUACGACGACCUGCGGGAGCGACGCCAGGCACAACGUCGGAGCAUGCGGGAAGAACGCCACCUCAAGACCAAGCCCUUCAGCUUCCUGGAGAGGGAGCGUCUGAAGAAGGAGCAGCGCCAGCAGCAGCAGCCUCAGGAGCCGAGCCAGCAAGAGCGGGUGAAGCCAUUCAAGGCCAAGCCGGUGCCCAGGUCGGUGUACGCGGCAUCGGCGGGGGAGCUGAGGAAGGAAGAGCAGCUCUACCGAUCCAUCAAGAAGCAGAUGAGAGCCCAGGAGAUGCUCUUCAGCGCCGCCGCACCUCCGAGCACGCUCACCAAAAGACUGGCGGAGAGCAAGAAGACCAAAGACCAACCCCAGACCUUCACUCACCGGCCACACAUCAACAAGGACGUGCCCGACUUUGACGCCAGCUUCAAACGCUUCCAGAAGCAUGUGGAGCGGACCAAAGAGGUGAAGCCCACGACGGCGUGCGAGCCCUUUCAACUGAGGACGGCUCAGAUCCCUUCGCACCGCGAGCGCAUCCUGGCUGAGGUGGAGAAGGAGCGGGGCAGCCCGCAGGCGCUUCGCUGGCCGUACGUCAAGAGCUCGCACACAGCAAACUCCAGCCUCUGCUCGUCCCUCUCGGGGAGCAUGGAGCUCCUGCCCGCCAAGGACACGGACGCCUCCAAGAAACGACACGAGGCCGUGAGGCAGGCUCUGGAGCGCAGGAGGAGGGCUGAGCAGGAGGAGGCGCGCUGGACCGAGAGGCAGAAGGAGCGCGAGAAGAAGCUCCAGAAACUGGUGCAAAAGCGGGCCAGCGCCAACGAUCCGCACCUGGCGCUCAUCCACACGUACGGCCACAAACUCCAAGAAUUCAGGAAACAAGACCGCCAGCGGAGGAAGGAAUAUCAGCAGGAAAUCAAAGAGAUUGAGGAGCGUGUAAAAGGAAGACCACUGCUGCUCGAACAGGUUGCGCAGAAGAACGCCAAACAGGCGGCACAGAAGCGUUUUGCUGACAAGCUGCACGGAGUUCACCUGAACGAGGACUUCCUCUGCAGGAAGGCGGCGGUGGCGGCGGCAAGCACACGCACUGAUGGCACGCGCGAGCCUUCAGAGUCCGGGGACGGUGCCGCCUCGGAGCCCGUCUGCUACCGCAAGGUCUUCCUGGAUGACCGAGACCAGGAGGAUGAGGAGCAGAGCGGCAAAGGUUCUCGUGACGGCAGCGAGGACGGCAAGCGAAGUCAUUCCGACGGUAGUUGCCACUACUCGGACGAUCACGAGGACUGCGACGAUGACGAGGAGGCUGACGACGAGAAGCGAGAUGAGGAGGAGGAAGAUCCUUAGCAGCAGUCGGGAAGAGGAUGUUGCAAAGUGUACAGCGGACCCUCACUAUUCUUGAGGGUUAGGGAACAGGACCAGUGACAAAUUUUGCGGAUAGUCGACAUCCUCUACAAGUAUUUAUAAGUGUCUGUAGCUUAAACCCUAAAUUUAGAGUGUGUCAGAUUUUUUUGUAUCUCUAAUUUGUUGAUCAUGUCCAUUGACUUCAGUGAUUUCUAAAUUCGCGACAAUGAUGAAAACAAUGCUCUUGAAUUUUUUGGGCUAAUGAAUGUCAAUUACUAAAUGAGGGGGCUUCAUAUAAGAUCUAAUCUAGGGCACCACUGUUGGUAAGGUCUGCCCGUGCCCUUUUCUGGGACCCUGUUGAGGGUGUAGAAAUGGUCCUCUGUUCCAUCCAUAGCCACAAAAACAAACUACCAUUGAGUCACUUUUUAUGACUUAGUUGUGACUAGACAAAAAAAGGGAACACUUUAGACUUCGGGAGCACGGUGGCGCAGCUGGUAAAGCGUUGGCCUUACAGUUCUGUGCUCCCGGGUUCAAUCCCGGACCCGCCUGUGUGGAGUUUGCAUGUUCUCCCCGUUCCUGAGUGGGUUUUCUCUGGGCACUCCGGUUUCCUCCCGAAAACAUGCAACAUUAAUUGGACACUCUAAAUUGCCCCGAGGUGUGAUUAUGAGUGCAGCUGUUUGUCUCCAUGUGCCCUGCGAUUGGCUGGCAACCAGUUCGGGGUGUACCCCGCCUCCUGCCCGUUGACAGUUGGGAUAGGCUCCAGCACUCCCUGCGACCCUCGUGAGGGUAAGCGGCAAAGAAGAUUGAUGGAUGGACUUUAGACUUCACUUGAAUUGGGAGUUAAAGACUCAGGACUUGAGUCAAGAUGAGCCGUAACUUACAAACUAUUAAACUAAAAUAUUAUUUGACCUUAAGGACAUAUUUUAUAAGGACCCGAAACUUACUUUUUACUGCAGGUAAGACUGGAGAUU